AUGCUUAUUAAUGAGCUCAAAAAGUACUAUUUGUUGGUGAGUGAUGGCGAACAAGAAGACUCUGUGAAAUUGCACAAUGUCGUUCGAGAUGUUUGCUUGUCAAUUGCAUCAAAAGGCGAGCAUGUAUUUUUGGUAAGGAAUGCUAGAGUUGAAGAACGGCAUCCUUACACGGCCAUUUCUCUAACAGUGAAAGAUUACACAGUUCAACUACUUCCAUUUGGCAAGAAGAGUCCAUGGCUUAAGCUGUUGCGUCUGGUAUUCCAAUCAGACACUUUGUACCUAUCAAUAGAUUCUUUCGUGGGAAUGGAAGUUCUGAGGGUCAUGGAAAUUAACAACGCAUACAUUGAAUUUACAGUAUUAUGGCCUGCCCAAAAUUUAACGAGCAUUCGCACACUGUGCCUGGAUGGUUGCACAUUGCGCACUGGAACUUCAUCAAUGAUUGGGUAUAUGACGCAGUUGGAAAUUUUGAGCUUCUUUCAGUCCGCACUUGAAGACGAUCAGUUUCCAAGGAAAAUUGCUCAGAUGAGUAACUUAAAGUUGUUGGACUUGAGGGUUAGACGUAGCCUCCAACCUUUGCCUCGUGGUAUCCUGUCAAGCUUGAAGAAACUAGAAGAAUUGUAUUUGGCACCUGAUUAUCAUCUGCACCUGGGGAGAGAUAAAGAAGAAGAAAGAGAAUGCAUUAAAGAGAUCAUAUCACUCUCCAACCUUGAAUGCCUCCAAAUUCAUGUAUAUGACCUUAACCUCCUACUCCAAUUAUUGCAUGGAUUUCCCGCUCAGAGGUUGUCAAGAUUCCUCAUUGAAGGAGCUGCUUAUAAUAUGGGCUGGAGAGAUCUCAGUAGGGACUUUCAAUUUGGGAGGACUUUCGAACUUCAUUUGUCUCAGGAUGAACAGUUAAAACAAGCAUUGGAUCCUGCAGUUACCAGCAUUGUCAAGAGAGCUGAGAAUCUCACUUUGGACCUUUAUGAUGUGUCAAGCUUGAGGAAUCUUGUGAGUGACUUGGAUAAAGAUGGAUUUGCCAAUUUGAAAAGGCUUCAACUAGUGUCUGGAGUAUGCCAAUGCCUUGUUGAUUCCACCACCAACCUAGUUGCUCCACAUGUUUUUGGAGAUUUGGUUUGUAUGAAUUUUGUGGAAUGCAGUUUGCAAGAAAUAUGUCAUGGAAAUCUUCCACCUCGGUGCUUCAGUCAACUUCAAGAGGUGAAACUCCAAACUGUAGAUACAAUAAAGUACUUGUGGAUGGGGCCAAUUGAACCUCCAUCGCUUUGCAACCUCAGUGUUAUUGAGGUCACUUAUUGUGAUCAAAUUACAAUUCUAUUCUCACAAUCAGUAUUGAACUGA